AUGGUUCAGAACAAGUCGGCCGUCUUCUUAAAGUUCCCCAAGGAGUUCCCCGUCCCUGGCGAGCACAUGGAGAUCCAAACCAAGGAACUCAAAGCCGAUCUCAAGCCUAACUCUGUCCUCCUCCGCAACCUUUACUUCUCCCUCGACCCUUAUAUGCGAGGAAGGAUGAGAGAUGCAGAAUCAUACAUCCCCCACUUCCAAAUCAACCAACCCAUGAACGGCUAUGGCGUCGCUGAAGUCAUCGAAUCCAAGAACACAGCCUUCCCCAAAGGUGCUCUCGUCUCGGGCAUGACUGGAUGGGAGCAAUACUCCGUUAUCCCCGAGGAUUUUGCCAAGCAUUUGCGUGUGCUUCCCAAAUAUGCUAGGACGAGCAAGAAGAUUCCUUUGUCUGCCUGGGUUGGGGUUUUGGGCAUGCCCGGAUUCACGGCAUACUCAUCCCUCAAGAUCAUCGGUCAGCCUAAAGCCGGCGAAACCAUCUUUGUCUCCGCCGCCGCAGGAGCAGUCGGCCAACUCGUCGGUCAGAUGGCCAAGAAACUCGGUCUUCGCGUUGUCGGCUCUGCCGGUUCCGACGAUAAGGUCGACUACCUCCUCAAGGAGUUGAAGUUCGACGCCGCCUUCAACUACAAGAAGAACGGCACCAUCCUCGAGAACCUCAAGCGUGCCGCUCCCGAGGGAAUCGACAUCUACUACGAGAACGUCGGAGGAGAGACCCUCGAGGCUGCUCUGGAGGUCAUGAAGAACCAUGGCCGUGUCAUUGCCUGUGGCAUGAUCUCCCAGUACAACACCCAGAAGCCCUACGGGAUCCGCAACCUUGGCCACAUUGUCUCCAAGCGAAUCACCAUGCGUGGAUUUAUUAAUGACGAUUUCGCGAAAGAGUGUUAUGGGGAUUUCUUGAAGGAUGUGAGUGAGUGGUUGGAGGGCGAGGAGAUUAUUUACAAGGAGGAUGUGCAGGAGGGGAUUGAGGGGUCAUUGGAGGCGUUUGUGGGUAUGUUGAAUGGGAAGAAUUUUGGCAAGCAGGUCGUCAAAAUCGCCGACUUGUAA